AUUAGUUGAGUGCGAGCCAGCUGUUCGGAAGGUCCUCCGACGAGAUCAUCUCAAUUGCUGCGAUCUACGUUCAGUUGCGAUAUUUUAUAGAUUUAUUACUCUUUUAUAGUUAUAAGUUAUAAUGCUGUGAUUUUGCUUAAGUGCUUCCAUCAAGUGCCAAAAAAAAAGUCUCCGGGAGACCAAUCGAAGUCGUAAAUCAGUGAUUUUUGUCCGUUUCUUUUCUCGACGGAAAAAUGUCCUCAUGCCUGCGAGGUUUGAGCUUGUGCCGAGGUGCACUUUUGCUGAGAAGCAAACGCCAGCAACCGUUGCUGAAAAGUAGCAGAAGUUUUUCCGUUGUCGGCAGUCCGGGUCUUGGAUCGUACCUGACGGAGCAAGUAACCGGACGUGCGUCCCGUCCAUCGACGAGUCGCACCCUGCACUCGAUCCACGAUCGCGAACGUGCCACCAUAACCGAACGCAGUCAGCUGAAGUACGCUCGCCGUAUGGUCGUCAAGCUGGGCAGUGCCGUUAUCACCCGUGAGGACGAACAUGGUUUGGCACUGGGCCGUCUGGCGUCGAUCGUCGAACAGGUGGCCGAGUACCACGUGGAGGGCCGCGAGUGUAUCAUGGUGACGAGCGGUGCGGUCGCUUUCGGCAAGCAGAAGCUCACCCAGGAACUACUGAUGUCGAUGUCGAUGAGGGAGACCCUGUCGCCAACGGAUCACACCCGGCAGGACGCCGGAACGAUGCUGGAACCGCGUGCCGCGGCUGCUGUGGGUCAGUCCGGGCUGAUGUCGCUGUACGACGCCAUGUUUGCGCAGUACGGUAUCAAAACUGCGCAGGUUCUGGUGACGGAGCCUGACUUCUACAACGAAGAAACCCGGAAGAAUCUGUUCAGUACCUUGUCCGAAUUGAUCAGUUUGAACAUCGUGCCAAUUAUCAAUACCAAUGACGCCGUGAUGCCACCGAUGUUCAUCGUCGAUCAAGAGGUUUCCGCAACUGGCAAGAAGAAGGGCAUCAAGAUCAGAGACAAUGACAGUCUGUCAGCAUUGCUAGCGGCUGAAAUCCAUGCUGAUCUGUUGAUUCUCAUGUCGGAUGUUGAUGGAAUCUACAACAAGCCGCCGUGGGAAGACGGUGCUCGGUUGAUGCAUACGUACACCCAAGCUGAUAAGGAUCUCAUUAAGUUCGGUCAAAAGUCCAAGGUGGGUACGGGAGGUAUGGACUCCAAGGUUACCGCCGCAACUUGGGCUCUCGAUCGUGGCGUCAGCGUCGUCAUUUGCAACGGUACGCAAGAGAAGGCCAUCAAGCAUAUUCUGACGGGUAGAAAGGUCGGUACGUUCUUCACGGAUUUCUCGGCGGAGAAGGCCACUCCGGUAGAGGCGAUGGCCGAAGAUGCCCGACUGGGAAGCCGUGCCAUGCAGAAUCUCUCAGCAGCGGAUCGUGCGCUGUGCGUGAACACCUUGGCCGAUUUGUUGAUAUCCAAGCAGUCGUACAUUUUGGAGGCGAACGCAAAGGACUUGGAUGAGGCGAAGAAGUCAGGGGUUGCUAAGCCUUUGCUGUCGCGACUCUCGUUGACUCCGGCGAAGAUCGAGAGCUUGGCCGUUGGUUUGAAGCAGAUCGCUGAUGAUAGCCAUAAGAAUGUUGGUCGUGUCGUUCGAAGGACAAAGUUAGCCGAAGGACUGGAACUCAAACAAAUAACCGUCCCGAUCGGAGUACUGCUGGUCAUUUUUGAAUCUCGUCCUGAUUCCCUGCCGCAGGUGGCAGCUCUGGCUAUGGCUUCCGGUAACGGCCUUCUGCUCAAGGGAGGUAAGGAGGCCGCAUACAGCAACAAGGCACUGAUGGAGUUGGUAAAGGAAGCCUUAGGAACGGUUGGAGCCACUAAGGCAAUCUCCUUGGUGUCGACACGCGAAGAGAUCAGUGAUCUGCUGUCUAUGGACAAGCACAUCGAUCUGAUCAUUCCACGUGGAUCGAGCGAACUGGUGAGAAGCAUUCAGGAGAAGUCACAUCACAUCCCGGUAAUGGGUCACGCCGAAGGAAUCUGCCACGUGUACGUCGACAAGGAUGCCAGUCUGGAUAAGGCUCUGAAGAUUAUCCGUGAUGCCAAGUGCGAUUACCCGGCAGCGUGCAAUGCCAUGGAAACGCUGCUGAUCCACGAGGAUUUGCUGGCCGGCAACUUCUUCACCGAUGUCUGCAACAUGCUCAAACGGGAGGGUGUAAAGAUCAACUCCGGUCCGAAGCUGAACCAGCUGUUGACGUUUGGACCUCCGCAAGCUAAGUCGCUGAAGUUCGAAUACGGCGCGCUGGAAUGUAGUAUCGAAGUGGUUAAGGAUCUGGAGGAAGCAAUCGAUCACGUCCAUACGUAUGGCAGUGGCCAUACCGAUGUCAUUGUAACUGAAAAUGAUUCGGCUGCGCGUUACUUCCAAAACCACGUGGACAGUGCUUGCGUUUUCCAUAAUGCCAGUAGUCGUUUUGCCGAUGGGUUCCGGUUCGGACUGGGCGCCGAGGUUGGUAUCUCAACGGCACGCAUCCACGCUCGAGGACCCGUAGGAGUGGAAGGCCUGCUAACGACUAAAUGGGUUCUGGAUGGAGUGGACCAUGCUGCGGCUGAUUUCAGCGAUGGCUCUCGCAAAUGGAUCCACGAGUCGCUGCCAGUCGACUGACUGAUUCGCAUGUUCAAAGCACUCCUUAAUAAGCUUAAGUACCUGUAGAACGGAUAAGCUCUUCAUCCUAUUCAAUUAGUUGCAUGCAUUUAUUUUUUAAACCCUUUUGACAGGUGAUUCUCCUGCAUGUGUAUAUUAUUCUCAUUUAAAAGAAAAGACUCAAUAAAAUUGGCUUAAUGAUGGAGCAAACCUGUA